CAAACAUGCAAAACACCAACGAGGAAGAAGUUGUUUCGUCCGCUUCCGGUUUGGGUAGCAGUUAAAUGAAAACACGACAGCACUGAGACGAAAGACUUGUUCUUGAGUCAUUAUCGGCGAGGCAAUGUCUGUGGCCAUGAGUUCCACGUGCCCAGGCCUGUACUGUGGCAGGAUGAUGAUCAAUGGGUCGGUGGAGGGAGAGUGUGGAGUGUGUCCCCGUGGAGAGCGGGCUAACCUCCAGAAUGUGUGUGAACGCUGCACCGAGGCCCCCGAGCUCUAUGACUGGCUCUAUCUGGGCUUCAUGGCCAUGUUACCUCUAGUGCUGCACUGGUUCUUCAUCGAGUGGUACUCUGGGAAGAAGAGUUCCAGCGCGCUGCUGCAGCACAUCACAGCCAUGUUGGAGUGCAGCGUGUCGGCCAUGGUCACUCUGCUGGUGACAGAGCCGGUGGGGAAGCUCAGCAUCCACUCCUGCAGGGUCCAGAUGCUGUCCGACUGGUACACCAUGCUGUACAACCCCAGCCCCGACUACGUCAACACUCUGCACUGCACACAGGAGGCCGUGUACCCGCUCUACACCAUCGUGCUGAUCUACUACGCCUUCUGCUUGGUGCUGAUGAUGCUGCUGCGCCCUCUGCUGGUGAAGAAGAUAGCGUGUGGACUGGGCAAAUCGGAUCGAUUCAAGAGCAUCUACGCGGCUCUCUACUUCUUCCCCAUCCUCACCGUGCUGCAGGCUGUGGGUGGAGGACUGCUAUACUACGCCUUCCCCUACAUCAUACUGGUCCUGUCCCUGGUCACACUGGCUGUGUACAUGUCCGCCUCUGAGAUUCAGUCCUUUAAGAACCUGAUUGCCAAGAAGAAGCGUCUGGUGGUGCUGUUCAGCCAUUGGCUGCUCCACGCAUACGGCAUCAUCUCCAUCUCCCGAUUGGACAAGCUGGAGCAGGACCUGCCGCUGUUGGCCCUGGUGCCCGGCCCCGCCCUCUUCUACAUCGCCACGGCCAGGUUCACCGAGCCCAGCCGCAUCCUGUCCGAGGGCGGGAACGGACACUGACACACCCGACACGGAGGCAAUGUGUGUUUCUUCCACGUUCCCAACCUGGAGCCGGCAGUACAGUGGAUGCAGUUUUCAUAGACCCGUGUCCUAUUUUCACAUCUUACCUGCCUGUCUUCUAUUUAUUUAGCUUUUUCAUAAAGUGUCUUGGAAAUGCAUUUGUUACCUUUUUUUGUGAAUAGUGUGUAUGUUGUAAAUGUAGUUUGAAGAUGGUCGUGAUGAAGAGCUAACUGUAAAUAACAAAGUGUUUCUUAUAGAACAUUUAUUUCAUGACUCUUGUAAACAUCAGUAUUGGGCUGGUAAUGUCCUAUGACCGUCCUGCUUUUGUAUCAAACUUAUUUUCAAGUUUUCUGUUUGUAUAAUUGGGGACUUUUCUUCUGGGAUACUUGUGUCUAUAACCUCAGAAUAUGCUAUUUUAUUCUCAGAAAUGUAUCUCAUUAUUUUCAGACAGUAUCCAAAUAAUUGUUUUCAUUAAUUACUCUAAUCGCAAAGAUGACAUAUCCAUGUUUUCUUUCAGAUUGGUUCUCUUUAAUCUGGGAAAAUAUUUAAAUAUUUUGUUUUUACAUUCUCAUAUCUUUUCUCAAAAAAAAUCCUAAAAUGUUUUUUGUUAAUUUACGUGUUUUUUAUUUGUUUAUUUUCCCUGGGAUCUUUAAUUUUUAAUGGUUUUUUACAUUUUAUUUUAGAACUUUACUGUUUUGUUCAAAACCAGCCAAGAGAUAAGAAGAGAGCCUGAACGUAAAGCUGAAUAAUGGUUCGUAUCGACGCUCUAACACACACACACACACACACACAUACACACACACACACACAAAAUGAACACACUCCGGUGAGGUGAUGGGAAACCUGUAUUUGAAACAAAACACACUGAGAUACAAGAAAGACCUGUAUAUAAUUAUUAUUGUAAAUAUAUUUAUGUAAGCGUGUUAAUAUCAGUGUUUUCAGUAUGGUUUGCACAUGCACACAUUCAAAGUACAAAUAAAUGUUUCAUAAACCGAGA